AUUUUAUCACCACGUAUAUUGUGGGACUUCGAAGUGAUUGGCUAGUAAUGACUCGUCUGCUUCGAUCUGAAAUUGAAAUGUCUAACCCGGAAGAUUUCUCCGUUACACCAACCGGAAGUUAGGAAAAUGGAGGCGGUGUCAGGAUUGAUUGUUUAUGAGCGAUCAUCUCACUAGAAAUACAAAAUAACGGAUUCGUCAAGUGACCUGAAACGGGUUUAUUUGAACCUCGUUGAAUGGUAAUGCACGGAACGGAUCAAUCUGCUAUAUCUGAACUAGCGAAGAUGACCGCCGCCAGUCAAGCAGAGAGAACUGUGCUGGAGGAAGAAUUUAAUUGGCUGCUUAAAGAAGAGGUGCAUGCAGUGUUGAAACAGCUGCAGGAUAUUUUGAAGGAGGCUUCGAGGCGUUUUUCAAUGCCGUCACCAAGUCUGGAAGGACAGCUGAAACCAGAGAAUUUCAUUCUGGGCAGUUCCACGAUGGACCAAGUUAAAGGUGUCUUGACGCUACAAGGAGAAGCUCUAACUCAGGCUGAUAUUAAUAUCAAAGUGGCAAAAAGCAGUCAAGUCAUGCACUUUGCAUUCCGAGAUGACAAACAGUGGAAAUUGCAGCAGAUUCAGGAUGCUCGGAACCAUGUGAACCAGGCUCUACAGUUACUAAGCAGCCGUGAUGAGAGUUAUUACUUCAAAACUGGUGCUGAAGUUAACAAGCUUAUGGAUGCAGUCAUGCUCCAACUGACCCGUGCCCGUAACAGACUCACUACCCCAGCCAGCAUGACUCUUCCUGAGCUGGCCUCCAGUGGAUUAAUGAAAAUGUUCACACCUCCGAUGCCUGGGGACGUUAUGGUCAAUUUCUAUAUUAAUCUCAGCAAACUGUGUCUGACGGUGUACCAGCUUCAUGUACUGCAGCCUAACACUACAAAGAACUUUAAACCAGGCGGAAGUUCAGUGCUGCAUAAUCCAGGAGCGAUGUUUGAAUACAACAACACUAAGUUUGAGGUCAGUCAUGUGCAUAAGGUGGAGAGUGUGGUGCCGUGGCUCAAUGACACACUGGUGUUUUUCACCAUUUCACUGCAGCUCUGUCAGCAGCUCAAAGAUAAGAUUUCUGUGUUCUCUAGUUUCUGGAAUUACAGACCCUUUUAAGCUAUAUGUCCGACCAAAAUUGUUAUAGUGAAUGUCAAAUAUAAACAUAAAAAUAUAUGUGUAACUAGGAGGCAUCAGGAGCAAAAUAUUCCGUGAACAAAUUCCAUGAAGUGAUUUCCUGUGACCUUUGCUUUAUGACCAUGUAUUCCGUUUAUUUGUGUGAAGGCUUACUGUCUACUGUAACCAGGGUAGAGUGUUGUGCGUGUAGAACUUGGUCUGAAUCCUUUCAUUUGAAACAAGGUUUUCAGAUGAAAGCAUUCAAAGGCAUUUGUUCCUUUGUGUUCAUGCAGUAUUUGUUGUUUAUGUCAGUGUUGAUUUGUCAGUAAUCUUGCCUAUAUUAAGUUUAACCUCCGUUAUCAUAAGCUUAGAAGGAAAUGCUACUGAAUUAUCAUAACAAAUGUUAAAUGUUCUAUUUUUGGUAAGAGAAUUCUCCAUUCUUUAUCUGUGUUUAUGCAUUUAGUCUUGGUGCUUUAAGAUCUGAACGCUGAUAUAUUUAUGCAUACAUGGGAUAUUUUUGUUGUGUCAUGGACCAUUAUCAAUCCAACAAACUCAAUGUAUUAAGAACAUAAUCAUAAACCUCACAGGCUUAGAUAUGUGCAUAAAUGACCAACAGUGUAUUUGACUGUAUCUCAACUGUAGAAGGAUUAGAACAGUUACAUUAACACCACAUGACAGAUCACGAAAACAUUAGAUAGAUCUGUCCAUUCUUAUUCAAACACUUUCACUCAUUCCUCAUGAUGUGAUUAUGGAGCUAAGUGUGGCAUUUCUAUUAACAAAUAGAAUUUAAUGUUAUUCUAUGCUUCUAAUGUUUUGAGUUCAAGCUAAUUCAGUCUGCUGAUUGCUACAGACUUUCUCAGUGAUGGCAUGUUAUUUGCUUUACUAUCAGACUUUAUUUAUUGGUGUUUAUUUAUUUCAUGUUAAAUGCACUUUGUAUCCUUAAUGAUUUCACUUGUGUAAUUUCGAUAAUUGGUCAUGCAAAGCAUUAAAGCCAUCGUUAUGUUUCUCAAUCAUUUAAAUGUGCAAUAAACAAACUAUAUGACA